AAUGUAGGAUUUGAGAUUUCUAAAUUAAUAAUAAUCAUAAAAAUUAGGGCUUUGAGUGCUUAGCGAAAUUACUGGGGCUGUUCUAUUUUCCUGGAUAACCAAAAGGCAUAUUUUGGUUCUUAAAAUGUCUGCAGACAAUAUUGAAAAGUUGUACCAAAAUUAUGGUAUUCUCGCCGAUGCCAAGGAUGAUAUAUCUAAGCAUGAAAAAGAAUAUUUGGAGAUAUUAGCUGCGGUGAAAGGAUCUGAUAAAGAGAAGCGUUUGGCCUCGCAGUUUAUUGCAAAAUUCUUUAACAGUUUUCCUAAUUUAGCGGACCAGGCUAUAGAAGCUCAGUUCGAUCUCUGUGAAGAUGAUGAUGUGGCGAUACGAAAACAGGCUAUCAAAGACUUGCCGACUAUGUGUAAGAACAAUAAAGAGCAUACCACCAGGAUCGCUGAUAUCCUUGCACAGCUGCUGCAGUCAGAGGAUGCUACAGAAAUAAACGUUGUCACCAAUUCCCUUCUUACAAUACUGAAGACUGAUCCAAAAGGAACACUGUCCGGUUUGUUCUCGCAAAUCCAUCAAAGCACUGACAGUGAUGUUCCUAAUGAAGUUGUACGGGAACGAUGCAUCAAGUUUUUAGCCACAAAAGUUAAGCAGUUAGGAAGAGAAAUUAUUGACAAAGAUUGCGAAGAUAUUAUUAUUGCUGAGGGGAAAAAAAUCUUACAGGAUUCUGUUGCUGACGAGUUAGAACACGUUAUGGAUUUGUUGACUUGGUCUAAACUUGGUAAGACACCAGCAGGAAAGAAAGAACUGACUCAGCUGAUAGCAGCACUGGCUUUUACUUCUGAAGACUGGCACCCAGAGGAUCCUGAAUAUGUUGACAGACUUAUUCAAUGCACUCAACAUGCUCUGCCGUUUUUCUCUGCACAAGUUGAAUCCACCCAGUUUGUUAACAUAUUCUGCGAUCAUGUCCUCCAGCGAUGGAAUGAAGUUGCUGCUACAUUGGGUGAAAAUGAUUUGAAACUGGAAUUACUAAAGACAUUCGCUGAAAUCACAGAACACUGUGGAGAAAUUGAGAAUGCAGAGGAAAAAAUCAAAAUCACAUAUGAUGUGUUACUGAACUACCUACCAGAAGCGCCUGUGGAAAAUGAAGAAGAGAUUGCCACCAAAACUGAAAAUGGUGAAAAACCAGAGGAUACGAAGUCAGCAGCACCAUCCUUACAAUUUUCACAUGUUGAAUGUGCCCUGUUUGCACUUCAUUCUUUGUGCAGAAAAGCUCCAGAGGCACUUGGCGCUGAUGCUGCAAGACUUAAAGCUUUGCGUCUUAGACUGCAAUACACUGCUAGACUGACUCAAGGAUAUAUUAAAAAGCUCAAGGAAGUUACACAGAGUAAAAAAGGUGAAGAUGCCAAUUCGGAAGAAAACAAAUUGAAAAUUGUAGCUUUGAAAACUACCUCCAACAUAAAUACUCUUAUAAGAGAUAUAUUCCGCACUCCUCCCAGUUUCAAAAGCAAAGUCCAACUUUCUUUCCAAUCUAAGAAGGCUGAAAAAGAGAUAACACAGUCCAAUGCAUCAGAAGAUAGAGACAAAGAAUCAUCAGGUUCAAAAAGACACAGACCAAUUACUUUUGACAACCGCGAUCAGAAAGAAUCGCCAGAAAAGCGCGCUCGGAGUGGUGACAGAAACCUUAAGAUGUACACACCACCUUCAGGCAAAUACAGCUCCAGAUUAAACAACUCUGGAAGAUUCUCUGGUUCCAACUAUGGCAGGGGUAGGGGUGGUUAUGGAAGACGCGAUUUUCGAAACAGUGGUGCGCCUUUUAGACGGCGUAGCAACUUCUAAAAACAAUUCCAAUAUUUUUCCAUUUGGGCCAUGACAAUCCUAUUUAGUAGAGAAAACAAAUGGCUGUCAAUUAAUAUAGUUGAUAUUAUUAUCAGCUUUGAUCUACCUAUGACUGAUUUCCACGUAGAGUGGUAAACAAAAACCCUUUGUUAAAUUUUCAAAAGAGUUAUUGAAAAUUUACAAAUGAAAUUAGUAUGAUAAUCUCUGGAGAUGAAUGGGGUAUUUUGUUGCUUUCUUUUACCCUCGGUUUACGCAGUUUACCCUCGUUGCUCUGUUUUGGUUGUAUAGGAUGUCCUUGUAUUGACUUGCAAAAGCGAAUGAUUUAGCUGAAGAAAAUCAUUUCGUGGAAAAUUGGUUUUUUUUGCAGGUAGUGUGGCUGAAUGCUGAAUUGUAGCUGCUAAAUGGAUUUCUGUUUUAAUAAUGCCUAUUAUUUAAUGUAGUUUAAAUUAUUAUCUUUCACAUUGUAGGUCGUAAGUAUUUGAUUAUUCAAUAUUGUAGAUUGGAUCCAGCAGUUACUAGAAGUAAAUGUGACUCGCAAGCUUCAAAAAUUGUGAGUAUAUAUAUUAUAAUUUUUAUUAUUAUUUUAUUUUACUUAGGUUCAUCAUCACCAAGUAUUUAAGAGAUGGGGAAAGAGAAGCUCCUGUAAAAAAUAUGUAAGUACUACAUUUUAAAAUACAAUUUUGUUUAAUAUUAUAUAGGCAAUAUCAGAAGACAGUCACCAGAGUUGGACCAUCCUGUGGACAAAAGCUGUAAUUCAAUAUUGUUUCAGAUUUCUUUAUUGACAUCUUUUAAAAUCCAAAGAAGGUUCACCUACAGAAUUUAUCUCGACAUGUUUAUUUCACCUCAAUAAAAAAUGAAAUAAUAAUA